AUAGUGAAGGAGAGGCGGAAUUGUGGAUAUCAGAAGAACCUACCUCGUCGGUUCGCAACUGCUAACCCUUCCAUCAGUGCCUUUCCAAUGGCAAACUUGACCACCUUCUCAUCUUUGAGUUUGUAAGGACGUAUCUGGGCAUUCGGCGCGGCCAUGGGAUGGUCGAGUGUAAAAGUGUAUACGCCCAGCCUUCAACUGCAUAUGUACUACCACAGUCGCACGUUCGUGUCCUUGUCAACUUGUGCCUGUCGCUGUCAACUGCCAGUUCUACGACAUCUGCGUUGUUGAACAGGCCAAGUCGGAUGUCCUAGUAACACCGUUAGUGGUAAAGUACGGAACACGGUCCAAAAGAAAAAGACAAAGCAACGGAUAUAUACGUGAUCAAGUGAUUGGACGAGCCAUCUACUACACAGUGACAGGUUCUGCAAGUUAUCAUGUUGAUCACCAAGAUUUAUCACGAUGUGCCCAGCAAACUCAGCAACGAGCGGCCGAUCCGCAUAUUCGUGAUUUCUCCUGUGGUACCCGGCUAUCCCCAAGCCAAGUUCCCAGGUGUCGUAUGUUUCAGUGAGAUUUAUCAAGUAACUGGACCAGUGGAGAGGUUCGCUGGACAGAUUGCAAGCCACGGAUAUGUCGUUGCAUGUCCAUCGAGUUUCCAUGAAUUUGAAGGACCCGAACCCAUCCCGUACGACACGGAAGGCACCGACCGAGGCAACAGGUACAAGAUUGAAAAAACCGUAGAAGCUUAUGACGAAGAUGCAACACUUACGAUCGACCUACUCACGUCGCUCCCAAACUGUAAUGGUCGCAUUGCAGCGACAGGAAUGUGUCUUGGUGGACAUUUGGCUUUCCGGGCUGCGUUUGAUGCCAAGGUUCUAUCGUCUGUAUGUUUCUUCGCGACAGAUAUACACUGCGCAACCCUGGGAAAGGGAAAGAAGGACAACUCGCUAGAGCUUGUUCGCAAGGGUGACAUGACCGGAAAGGGGGAACUAGUGAUGAUAUUCGGCAAGGAGGACACCCAUGUCCCACGCUCUGGGCGGGAUUUGAUUCGGAAAACACUCGAGGACGCAAAUGUUCUAUGUUCGUUCCUGGAGGUGCGAGCACAACACGCCUUUAUUCGCGAUGAAUCGUCCAAGGGCAGGUGGGACGCUGCGCUUACCAGAUCGCUGUUUACGUUCAUGCUGGAGGUGUUCGAGAGGACCAUCGGGCGUGACCUUGGGCCAAGGAUCAACGAGGGGGAGAAGUUGGAACAUGUUUGUUAGGAGUCGGCUGAGGAGACCGCGUCGAUUGUAAGCGGAGUAAUUACAGUAAUAUUGGGAACCAGAUGUGGUUUCGCUGGGAUCGUCGCACACGGUAUGUGAGUCACAUUCAGCGGUCAUGUAGAACGUGUUUUGUACGAUGUUCCUUUAACAGUCCUAAAACUUCUCACCCU